ACUGAUAUUAACAGACAUCAUUGGAUCGCUUACAAAAUGUACGCUACUAUUUUGCUUAUUUUAAAUGUAUUAAUAUUAACAACGGCCUAUAAAAGUUAUGAAAACUAUAAAGUGUAUAAAGUAAUACCGGAAUCAGAUACGCAACUGCAAAUCUUAACUGAUUUGAAGAAAAGUGGGUUUGAUAUAUGGACGGAGGUACCGAUGAUUGGAAAGGAUGUUAGGAUAUUGGUGUCUCCGGCUCAAGAAAAUGAUUUUGUUGACUACAUGAAAGGCGUUGGACUAGGCAUAGAGGUUGCUAUAAAAAACGUGCAGUCUCUCAUAAACGACCAACGAAAGCCAAGUACCCCACAACGCAGCAGUCUCGGCUCCUUUACAUGGACCGUAUACCAUACACUAGACAAAAUUCAUGAAUGGCUUGACGAGCUGGAGACAAUGUAUCCGAAUAUAGUAAGGACCGUUACUAUUGGCAAUGGAACAGAAGGCAGAGCAAUAAAAGGAGUCAUAAUAGAUUAUAAAUCUGGACAAAGAGAAAAUCCACUCAUAGGAAUGAUCGAAGGCGGUAUCCACGCAAGAGAGUGGAUCUCGCCGGCUACCGUAACAGGAAUUAUAAAGGAAUUUUUAACUAGUGACAACACUGAUGUAAGAUUCAUGGCUGAAGCUUUCGUAUCGCAUAUUUUUCCUGUGGUCAACACAGAUGGGUAUGAUUAUACAUUUACAAAUAAUCGCAUGUGGCGAAAAAAUAGAAAUACUCUUUACUCCACCGCCUGUGGAACCGAUGAUGAUUUGAGUAAUGGUAUUGAUCUGAAUAGGAACUUUGAUUAUGUUUGGAACAGUAAGUAUGACGUAACCAAAUUAUACGUGACGAAUUGAAGCAAGAAUAA